AUGCUCUCCUCAUCCGAGUCCGCCUCUCCACCUGGCGCUCGUACACCGACAUACAACACCGUAUCCGAACUCUCUCCACCCGGGUCACAGACAGCAUCGCAUCAUGGGGGCUUAGGCGACGCGACUAUUGAGUCACCCACCUCUGCAUUCGGCAAAGCUCUCAGCGUUGGAGGUCCUGACGAUAAAUCAUCGAACACACAAGCCAAAGAACCAACAGCGUGGAGUAGCCAGAGAGCGCAGGAGGAGUACGGCCGUGCUUUAGAGUCGGUUGUUGAUCGGGAUUUUAGUCUUAAAGAGUUUGGGGACCCGUUUGAUGAGUCGGAUAUGUUAGACGUUUCAAGCGCCUGA